CUCCCACCUGAGGAAGACGUUUAACCACCUGUCUAUUGAACACUCCUCCUAACACAAUUCAGAAAGAACCUUCAUCGUGUAAACAAGGAUUUUAUUGUAUGCAGAUAGCAUUUUUCUACUAUUUGUUCAAUACACACGAUGUCAAACAAUGCGUUUUUUUAUUCGAGAAAGGAUCCAGCCUGCACAUGUGAAGAUUAGAUGCAGUUGAUGAAGACUGUGUUACUCUUUCUGUUCUUCUAUUUUAUUUCCGGUAAGUAAACGCGAUACAUUUUAAUUAGCAUAUCUGAACAUACACAAGCUAAAGCCUGCAUUUUUUUCAUCCCUACUAAAAAUCACUCCUGUGAAUCUGUACCUUAUAUUUUCAUAAUAAUGGGGUUAUUCACUGAAGUGAGAAUUCAAAGUGAAAUUCAAAUUUAAGGCUAGAGUAGCAUAGCUGAAAAUGUUUAUAGUUUGGCUAUUUUUACCUUAAAUCUGACAUUCAUAUAACCCUGUAUAUGAGACAUUCAUAUAACCAUGUAUAUAUUAGUUUCUAUUUGUUUGCAUUUUCAUUUAUACUUUUUACUGAUUAAUGUAACUUUGGCUGGGUUUUUCCUUGUUGGGGGCACAGAUGGGGAAUAAAUUUUUUACUAUCAUGUCUUCCUGGACACCUCUCGUGUUCAUCCUGAUUAGCAGCACAUAAAAGGCAAUAUCAAGUCAGUAAUAGGCAAUCAAUCAUAUCCCAUAAGAUAUUUGCAUACUCUGUGGCAGCAUUCUUCAUGUGCUGGCAGUCAUCCUAAACUAGUGAUGUAUGUCCACUCCAGGCCGAUAUGCCAACGCUUACCAUUAGUGAUUUUUGGAUAUACAUCACUGGCAAGGAGUCUGCAAUCCCAUCAUUUUUUUUUUUUUUUUUGUAACUGCAAUCUGUCUUUUACUUAAUGUAUUUUGCUAUUUUUCCCACCCUCUUCCAUGUUUUCAUCCUCUUGUCCUUUUAGUCUUUUAUAAAUGAUAUCAAAGGAGAACCUGGCCAUCCUAAGUGCUAUGAAAUCUAGGCAAAUUCACACCUGCAGGACCUGUGCAGGUAUUCCUUCUUUCUUUUAUGUUAUUUGAGAUAAAUAAGGGUGAAUGGCAUUGCGUCAUAUACUUAAUAACACAAAACGUCUUUCAAGCAAUACAUAAUAAAAAAAAUAUUUUGUUUUUCAAAAUAUUUGCAAGCAGUUGAAUUAGGAAAUAAACUUGCGAAAACUAGGAUGGUAUUUGUUUGAUGGUGCUUGUUACUUGGGAUUGGGUGGCUACAUAAAUUGUACUUAUGGACUCUUGAAUUCCACAUUUGUAGUGUUUACUGCUAUGCCAAUAGCAAAGUCCACAGGUGAAUUUUUAUUCCAUAUUAAGUGACACUAGGGUAUGUUUGUCAUAAUUGAAAGUUAAUGACUUGUUUGUACAAACUUCUCAUAUGCACACACACUGACACACAUACAGAUACAAACACUACAUCCAUACAUACAGACACACAAAAACGCACAUAGAGGUCAAAAUUUUAGCCACCCUCCUUUUGAGUUCAGGAGGAUGGUUUCUGUUUGAUUGGGCUGUUGGAAAUUAGUGUCUUACACUGUAGGCCCACCCCAUAAUUUCUGCCUUCUUCUCUCGCUCCCACGUGGUGUUUGUGUCAGCUGGGAGGAAGUACAAGGGUCUCACUUUCUCCCAUUGCUGCAAUCAUUAAAGGGGCCCCAUCGCACUGUUAAAAUGCCAUGGCGCAAGACCAGGCCCUUCAUGGCACAUGUUACAAACUGCCAUUUGUAACUGGCCCUUUAAAUGACAAAUUGCCCUGCUUCCCUGGGUUGUAGAGAAGCCUAUUUGCCAGCCUCCUUCCUCAUGACUAUGGCCCCUGGGAGAUUGUGCCCCUGAAAACUUCUGGACUUUUAUUGGGUGUGUAUGGCCCUUUAAGAACCGUCUGGGGACAUAUGGUGACUUUGGUGAACAAUGCCCCUUUAAGACUAUGUCCCCAGACCGGUAAAAUAACUUGUUCCAGGCUUACUGAACCAAGUACCACACAGGCGGACCACCCAGAAGUGGAAGUGUGCAGGCAAUUUUACCACAUGACAGGAGGCUUCAUAUUUUGCAUUAAACUCUCUUUACUAACUCACACAGCAGUAAAGAAAAGUGAAAAACAUUAACCAAUCAAAAUGCAAUAGUAAGCAUAGUAUUCACAGAGAUAAGGCUCCUCCCCCUCUUUCUUUACUGCUCCAUCAGCAGACAGGUCAGAGUUUUUGGCUCUUCCCUUACUUUUCAUUGUUCAUACUGUUUGUUUAUCUUUGAUGCUUUAUAUAUUAUUAUUUCCCUAUUUGUUUUCUAGGACUUCUGUCCUUCUGCCUUAUACUGUCCCUCUCAGGAUUUCCCCCCUACCAUCAGGGACUUAGAUUGGUACCUUCUGUUUUAAUUCCCUUAUUUAUUGCUUUCUUGUCUUUGUUAUUAUUUAUUUUAUGUUUCCCCCUUUUGUUCUGUGUUAUUGAUUUGUUUUUCCGCGUUCCGAUCUCCCUGCUUGGGAGAUCGGAUCGUUGAUUCCUCCUCGAGGGUAACGCUCACCCUCCUCUCUAUUUGUCCGCCGCGCGGCUUCUCAGCCGCUCUCACUAGCCGACACGGCGGGAAACCUCUUUCCCGUCCCUCCGGCGGCCAUAUUGGAUCUCGCGUCUCGCGAGAGUUACGGCCGCCAUCUUGGGAGACCCACGGUCUCCGUUUUUUCGGCUCCCGACCGCGUUUGCCACACACUAUUCAGGCAGGGGUCAGCAGGUUAGUACAUCGCCCAUCUAACCUCCCAUAAGGACUGCCAGUCCCAUACAUUGUGGACCACUAUCAGUCCACUAAUAUUAGGUGGAUUUUGUGCCACCUUUCCUAUACCUAUAUAUAACUGGGUGAGGCCCUUUAAGUAUUGCUGCUUUCAGGUGGAUUUUGUGCCACCUAUAUGUGUAUAUUGUCAUUUUAAGCAUGGUAAUAGGUGGAUUUUGUGCCAUCCUCAUACAUACACAUACCUGGGUGUAGCCCAGUAAAAAAUCCCAAUCUACCCUGCUGGGGAAGCUGGUAUUCCUAUACCACAUACCUGACCUGUACAGGUCCACCCUGCUGGGGUGCCUACAGAGCUAAAUUAUAUACUUAUACCCUGCUGGGGUUCUAUUGGUACCACUGAUACCAUAUUUCCUGUGUGCAACACCACAGCCUGACCCCUAGCCCUACCCUGUGCCUCAAGACUACCUAUACGGUCCUACUCCUAAAAUACUAUGGAAUCUUCCCAAAACCCUGCAGAUUUUCAGGCCAUGAUCUCUGAGGCCAUCUCCGCAUCUAUGGAGAAAGCACUUUCCAGGGUCAUGACGGCAUCAGCCGAUCUAACCAUGUCUUCCUCUAAAGCCACACCCCAUGACUACGAUUCUGAGGCUUCUGAAUCGCAGACACAAGCCGACCCACGGCCUAUUAAACGCCACUGGAAGGGCGAAAAGGGGACCGUUGUCCCGGGCAAAGGCAAGGCUCCUACCAAACGCCAUAAGCCAACCCGACCUGCCCCCACCCCUCAACACGGUUACUCCUCGGAUGAAGGGGAAGACCCCUCGCACUCCUUGGCUAUACUGGACGAGUGGAAAGCGGCAGACUCCGACUCACAUGAUGACGAGUGGGCUCGGACACCGGUUCCCGUACCGGUUUCUUAAGAGGCACGUUCCUGGAUGACAUCCAACUACCAGAUGACCUCGCAUCUGCCCAGGAAGAAGGAGAGGCCAUCCUCGACCCUACUGGACAACGCCUCUUUGACCCUCGUAACAUACGACACCCACGCUCGGCGGACUGGACUCCGCCUGACCACCUCUCCAAAUUUAUGCACCGGUGGCUCCGCAAACCACUGGACAAGACAGUGCGCAACCGCCUUCGCUCCGAAUGUCCUCGCCCUUCGCUCCCCGAUCAUGUGGCUCAGACACCCGAAUUCGACCAGGUCAUGACCACGUUCAUGUCUCGAGGCGGCCGUGACCCCCGAAGAGGCGUGGAAAAAGGAUUCCACGGAGUCCAGGACAAGUUGCUGGACUCCAUUGGCCCACUUGCCCGCAUCAUGUAUUUGGCGGAUGACGCCUUUCAACGAGCUGACCAGUUUGAUACCAGCAUGGUAAAAGAAUGGGCUCAUGAUAUAAGGGAAUGGGCACACAGGUGCUUCUGUUUUGUUGGUAACACCAACGUUGCCCUCUCCUCUGAGAGGCGUAAAGCAGCAUUGCUCCGCAUUGACGGUAAGCUGGUGGAAUUGGGCACCAAGGAGUUAGGACCGCUGGCACAGGGCAAGUUGUUUGGCGAAGCUUUCUUGAAAGAACUAAACAAACACGUUAACAUAUUCACAUCCCUGAAUAAAGCUCAGUCUUCAAUGAAGCGAGUCUUCAGGGGCUACCCCAGUCGGGGUGUUUUUGGACGGGCUGGCCGCCAGAGGGGCCGUGCUGCCAGCCGCUUCUGGCCUACAGGCCCCCGUGCCCACAGACCUCAGCCCUUCUACCCAGAAGUCGGCUUCAGACAACCCUUCUCCUAUACCAGAGGAGCCGACCGAGGCAGAGGACCACGUGGUCGUGGCAGAGCACGCUUCCCCACAGGUAAGCAGCCUUUUGAAUUCCCCCUUUUCCCCACGUACUGCUGGUCGUAUCGCUCUAUAUUUUCAGACCUGGACCACCAUCUCCGCGGACGCUUGGAUCCACCAGACGGUGUGAGGAUACAUCAUCGAUUUCGUGGACAUCCCGCGCCAGAAUUUUUCCCCACACGCUACACGAUGCUCAGCGGAGGACCGCCGACUCAUCGACGGCGAACUGCAGGACCUCCGAACGAAAGGGGCGAUCGAAUCCGCUCCAAACAGAGGGGGUUUCUUCAGCAAUAUCUUCCUGGUCAAAAAGAAAACGGGAGAUUUCAGACCAGUCAUAAAUCUAAGGCAGCUAAACGCAUACGUGAUGUACCGACAUUUCAAAAUGGAAGGCAUCCACCUUCUAAGAGACCUCCUUCAAGACGGGGACUGGUUCACUGGUUCACCUCAAGGACGCGUACUUGUCAGUACCCGUCCACGUCUCAUGCCGACAGUUCCUCAGGUUUCAUUGGAACGGCCUACCGUGGCAGUUCACAUGCCUUCCAUUCGGCCUCAGCUCAGCCCCAUGGUGCUUCACCAAGCUGCUAAAGCCGGUAGUUGCACAUCUACGCACACAAGGCAUUCGUUGCAUUAUCUACCUGGACGACCUGCUACUGUUUUGCUCAGACAAGUCCAGACUGACUCUACACACGCAAUAUACCAUCCGUUUCCUGACGUCCCUAGGAUUCGUUGUGAAUCACCAGAAGUCGGCAAUAUCUCCAACCCAGACCAUACAAUUCUUGGGCUUCGAGAUAGACUCCACGUCCAGCACCCUGCGACUGCCAAUGUCAAAAAUCACAGCCAUCAAGAAGGAGCUACGCCGGGUCCUCCGUUGCCACUCCAUUCCACUCCGCACCUUGGCGCGAAUUGUAGGUCUACUAUCCGCUUCCAUCCAGGCAAUUUUCCCGGGACCGCUCCACUACAGAGCAAUGCAACGCCUGAAGAUGUCCUUCCUUCGCCGGAACCCUUCCUACGAUCAGACCAUCCCGAUAACGGAGGAAGUCAAACAAGAACUCAGCUGGUGGUUGGACAGCAUGGAGGCAUGGAACGGCCGUGCCAUUUUCGGGAGCUCACCCGACACAGUCCUGGAGUCGGACGCGAGCCUCUGGGGCUGGGGCGCAACUUGCGAAGGCAGGUCGACAGGCGGUGCCUGGAGUUCCCAAGACCUCAACCUCCACAUAAAUUGUCUGGAACUCCUGGCCGGGUCGUUCGCGAUCCGCAGCCUAGCAGGAAACAAGUCGAACUGUUGCAUCCUCCUCCGGAUGGACAACAUAUCUGCGGUCCGCUACAUCAACCGCCUGGGAGGUGCACGAUCCCGACUCCUCUCGGAAAUAACGAAAGGGAUCUUCGACUUCUGUCUACCACGCAACAUCUCCCUCAUUGCAGAGUAUCUCCCGGGAGAAACGAACCUGACGGCAGAUUGGUUCUCACGCCACUGGCGAGACAGCAGCGACUGGAGACUGGACCCGCAGAUAUUCCAGUGUCUGUCGUGCAGGAGGGGUCCCUUUCACCUGGAUCUGUUUGCAUCACGCACCAACAGGCAGACGACCAACUACUUCAGCUGGCUCCCGGACCCGGAGAGCAUGGCAGUGGACGCAUUCCUCCAACCAUGGCCGCCCAGAGGAGCUUACGCCUUUCCCCCUUUCGCCAUGAUAGCGAGGACGAUUCAGUACCUGAAGACCCAACGAGGGUCUCUUCUCCUCAUCGCUCCCCUAUGGCAGAGCCAACCCUGGUUCCCGGACCUCCUGGCAUCGUCCUUCAUGGAUCCGCUCCUCAUACCAUCCUACCCAACACUCCUCACGGACCCGAAAGACAACCCCCAUCCUCUCGUUCUGGAAGACCGUCUCGCCCUAGUGGCUUGGACUCUUUCAGGGGUGCCUGGCAAACCAGCGAGUUAUCGCAGGCAGCUAGAGAUCUCAUAUGGGACUCAUGGGCUCCAGGUACCAGGCGAUGUUACCUAUCAGCUUGGUCCUCCUGGUCCUCUUGGUGCAGUGAACGGAACAUCGAUCCCUUUACUGCCCCUGUGACGGCCAUUUUGAAUUUUCUUUCCUUUCUUUUUUCCACGGGCCGUUCUUAUCGCUCUCUCAACGUUGUCCGCUCCGCGAUUUCGGCGGCGCACGACCCGGUCAUGGGAAUCCCUGUAGGCAAAGACCCCAUGGUCUGCAGACUCCUGAGGGGCGUUCGGUUGCAGAGACCCCCUCAACCCAAAUACUCCCGCUUAUGGGACGUCGAAGUCGUCCUACAAUUCCUAAGGGAUUGGCCGGACAACGGCAGACUAUCCCUACGACAACUCUCGGCAAAGCUAACACUGCUACUCUGCCUUGUCUCGUUCCGCCGGGUCUCGGACGUCCGCGCUUUCGACUUCGACGCCUUUUCGGUCUCUCCAGAGGGAGUUACCUUUCGGUUUCACGUCGGACGAAGUCGGACUCUACGUCGGUCUUUUAUCCGUUUUUCCCGUCUGACCCACAGCUCUGCGUGGUGGCUACCCUACGUCGGUAUGUGGAGGUCACAUCCCCUCUCAGGGUCGUCCCCUCGGGUCAACUGUUAGUAUCUUAUGUUAGGCCACACGUGCCAGUCUCAGUCACUAGACUGAUGGAUAAGAUGGAUUCUAUCAUUGGCAGGAGUGGACGAGACUUUCGGAGCCCACUCCGUCCGUGGAGCGGCGGCUUCUUCGGCCUUCUCGGCGGGUGCUUCUCUGACAGAUAUCCUACGCUCGGCGGAUUGGUCGCGAGAAUCUACCUUUCGGACAUUUUACUUCCGCCCGAACUCGGGAGCAGCCUCAUCUCUCCUUCACCAGCGUUAAAAAAUGCAAAAUAUGAAGCCUCCUGUCAUGUAGUAAAAUUGAAGAUUAUGCUAGCUUUAGUGUACCUAUAAUCUUAAUUUUAGUAAUGACAGGAGGCGAGUAUUUUCCCGCCCAUCCCUCCCUUGGGAGAUAAGGCUCACGUAAGUAUGUCUGACUCUGUAUGCUUCAGUCUCUGUUUGUGUUUGCUUGUUCUACACUUUAUUGGAGAUAACCUUGAUCGUUUUCUUACUUGGUAUUCUGUUAUCAUUAUUUUCAGUUAUAUAUUAUCCCUGUAUCUAAUCAUGGGCUGUUACCUUUAAUUCAACCAGUCUCCAGACCGGUUCCUAACCUAUUUCACGUUCUCUUUCAGUGUAAUUCCGUAGCCUUACAGCUCAUUUUCAGGACGGACUCAACUACGACUUCGCCUGCUCAACCUUCAUUUUUGGAUAAUCGCCCGUUGGCGCCUGUUAUGGAACUCUGGACUCUUUGGACCUGUAUUCAUGAUGUCGCAUUAGAAAGAGGGGGAGGAGCCUUAUCUCUGUGAAUACUAUGCUUCCUAUUGCAUUUUGAUUGGUUAAUGUUUUUCACUUUUCUUUACUGCUGUGUGAGUUAGUAAAGAGAGUUUAAUGCAAAAUACUCGCCUCCUGUCAUUACUAAAAUUAAGAUUAUAGGUACACUAAAGCUAGCAUAAUCUUCAAUUUACCUCCCAGGCUGGGAGCCUGCUGUAGGUAAAUUGGCGACCGCUGGGUGGCCGCAGUUUGUGCAAACCAACACAUGGCGGCGGCCAUCUUUGUUCAUUCAAACGAGGUCAGCAGUAUGUGUAGCCAAAUCCAUGGAACUGAAAUCGGCUACACAUUUUCACGAACACCACUGACCCUUUCCCUCUCCUACACUCCGUUUUCAGCUUCAGAGACUAAGUCCCGUUCGGCAGUUUGAACUCACUGCUAUACUAAGCCAAAUGCAUGAAUAGCCUCGUUCGUGCAUUCGAAUGGGACUUAGUCAUUUUUCAGUGUGAAAUAGACCGACUGCACAGCCCAAAUCUAUGGAACUGUUUUGGACAGGAAAAUGUGCUUGCGGUCGGUCAUAAAGGACUUCUGUCUAACUUUUGAUCUACUGAAGGGAUUUGUAUGAUUUUUGAGUGUUUAUGUUUAAAGUAUGCUGAUUCUGAAUAUGUAAUUUUGAAGAUUGGAUGUAAGGUUUUUAAGUUAUAGUACAUGUAUAAAAACUGUAUUUUUCCUGCCUGUGAUAAUUAUGUUAACCAUAAUUAGAUCACAGGCAGAGGGGAGGAUUUUGUGUGUAAUUGCUGGGAGAGUUUUCUGUAAUGUACGUGUGUUAUUGGUUGUUCUGUAAAACCCUGUGGGUGGUCCUAUGUAAGGAAAACCUGCAUAAAAGAAGGCCCUUUGGUGCCAAAUAAAUGAGAAUGACUUGACCCUCUAACUUGCAGCCUUGAUUCAUGUUUGUAGGGGACAGCUAUAAUCACUACAGGGAUUGCUAUGCUCUUCAUACUCCCUUAGCCACUGAGCUCUUGUAAGAGCUCUUGUUCUUGAUCCUGCUUCGCUCUACAGAAGGAAGAGGAUCACCUACUGGAACCUGGAGCCUGGUCGUAGGUCCAGGGUGGAUAGCCGACGGCGAGAUCCUAGCCCAGCAGCGGCGGUUAGUGGAGUCUGCAGUACUUAUGGUGUCUACGUAGUAGUUAUGGUGUCUACGGUGCUGAUGGUCCUUUGGGAGCGCUAGGAGCAUCCUUUGUAUGGUCCAACUUCCAGCCAGCCUGGAGGCAACCGUAACAGCACAUAUCCAUUGGGUGGCAGUAAAAGCAAAUGGGCUACCCGAAGAGCCCCUUCAGCCUGUGGGCCGCCUUUAUGGAUUUAUUUUGUGUGUACCCCUGUGGGAAAUGGUUUGUACCCCUGGAACCACUGGUAUACAGGGCUGGUGCAAAGAAUUUUGGGUACAUAGGCGAAGAUGCAUUUUUCCGCCCCCCCAAAAACAUCUUCACCCAUGUGCCUCUUAACCUCCCUUUUGUGUUUCUUAUCCCGUCUUUUAAAUAUCUGACUCCCUUUGCCUUUGUGUGUCUCCUAUCUCUCCUCUUUGUAUGACUCUUACAUCCUCCCACAUUUUGUGUCUUACUCCUCCCAGCCCCUUUGUGUGACUCCUUUUCUCCCAGCCCCUUUGUGUCUCUUUCCUUCUCAAACCCCGGUGUGUGUUUCUUUCACAUCCAGUCCCUCUCCCUGUCCCUUAAUGGUCCCCUCCCUUCUCUGACCCUUACUGUACCUCUCCCCUCUCUCCUCCUUUUCCUGUUCCUCAGUGUUCCUUUCCCUUCCCCCCUCCUUUCCCUGUCCCUUAGUGUUCCUCUCCCCUCCCCCCUCUGUUCCCUGUCGCUUAGUGUUCCUCUCCCCCUCCCUCCUUUUCCUGUACCUUAGGGUAUCUCUCCUUAGGGUAUCUCUCACAGACACUGUCCCUUGGUGCGCCACCCACCCCCAUAGUGGUCCCCUCCCCUUCCUGGUGUGCCUCCUACCUUUCUUGUAGCGUGGCUGAGCGGAGCGAAGUUCCUGUACCACGAUACACUCCGCUUGGCCACGCUACAGUCAGGGGUGUAUAAACACUGACAGUCACACACACUCAGUGACAAAUACACAGACAUCUCUGACAGCCAGACUCACUUAUCUGACACACUCAUUCAUUGACAGACACUCACACGCACACUGACAGACUCAUUGAAAAAAACACACUGACACACACACACACAAACUCACAUGCACAUACUGACAGACACACGUACUCACAUGCACAUACUGACAGACACACAUACUCACACACACUGACAGACACACAUACUCACACACACUGACAGAACCACACACACACACACACACAAACUCACAGACACACAUACUCACAUGCACACACACACUGACAGACACACAUACUCACAUGCACACACACACUGACAGACACACAUACUCACAUGCACACACACACUGACUGACAGACACACAUACUCACAUGCACACACACACUGACAGACACACAUACUCACACACACACUGACACACACAUACUCACAUACUCACAUGUACACACACACACAGUAAUUAAUAAUCUAAAUUAACAUUUCCCACCCAGCCUCCCUACCUGGAGAGCUGGCGUGGGUCUCUCAUUGGUGGUCCAGUGGGGCUGCUGGGAGGCGUGCGGCUGAAUUGGAUGCCGAGGUGGCGAGGGAGCUCUGAUCUCUCUGAUCUGCUCCCUCGCAGGCUGCUUACUGCUGCCGCGGGAGCGGGAAUAUGACGUCAUCAGUAAACAGCCUGCGAGGGAGCACAUCAGAGAGAUCAGAGCUCCCUCGGCAUCCAAAUAAGCCGCACGCCGCGCCGGGGAUCCAGGAGGUGACCUGGCAGGAGGGAGCACUUCGCUCCUGCCGGUCACUGGAAUUUUGCGCCCCCAGAGCCGGUGCGCCCUAAGGCGGCCGCCUGUGCCGCCUUAUGGACGCGCCGGCCCUGCUGGUAUAGCGGAAUUUAAAUUGAUAUUAAUAAACACCAGGGGUUUUGCAUCAAAUUGUGACUAGAGCUCACUUAAAUAAUAAUUUCCAAAUCAGCUACUUAAAUUUUGCAAUUUGGUUUUCGAUUCACUACAACACGGUAUUUAUUGGGUAAAGCCCUGAGACACUGCAGAAAGAGCAGUUGGAAUGCAGAUAAACUGGUUGAGCACAGUCUUUAAUGUUCUUGUUAAAUGUGAGUCAAUUUUAACUUAAUUUUAAGACAUAACUUUCCAGGUGCUGCUAUUUCCAGUUAUUCUACUAACAACUGUUUUUAUUGAACUGGGAUUUGUUGAGAAUUGAUAAGGGUAUUACAUAUUUUGAGCCAAAACAGCCGAAUUGAAAAUAUUUCAGCGAUUUUGUCUAUUUCAAGAAAGGGAAGGCAGGGAAGCAGCACCUUCACAAGUGUCCUCAACUCAAAAAGAGAUGGAGCUUUAUGUAAAACAAGAGGACAUAUAAAACGGAAUAUGGUGUAUGUUGGUGAUUAUUAAUAAAAAAAAAAGGAAAUGCACUCACAAGCUUCUGGAGUUCGAAAUCAGUUCCAGAUAUAUGUGAUUGGACAGUACAAUCCCUGUCUGUGGAUAUAUUAAUCUUGGUCUCGGUCAGCAGCGUGUGGUGGUCCGCUUCACAGAAGUGGUUGCUUUCAAUAUGCCAUUUAUCACAGUGACAGUUCAUCAGCGUAUAAAAUCAGGUCUGGAUUAACACAGGGGCUGAUGUAGCUGCAGCUCCAGGCCCAUGCCCAUGGAAUAGGUUCAUUGAUUUAAAAAAAGUAUAUCAUUUUUUUUCUUGCCACCUAGCUGGUAAUUUACCGGCAUAGCCAAUAUUUGAGUAUUGCAGUAAUAUCGGCAAUACAAAUGCCGGUAAUUUUUUAAGUAUAAACGGAAAUUACUCUGCAAUACUGGCGCCGUGUGAAGAGAGGCAGGGAUAGGAAGUUACAGCAUAUCCCUGCCUCUCUCUACUUACUGAUCUGCAGGGGAGCAGCUACACAGCACAAAGAGUCCAGACAGCAGCUCCCAGUCUGCAGUGACAGCCUACAAUUCAGGUAAGUGAGGGAAUGGGGGGAAAAGGCUGCAGGGAGACAUGGAGACACUAGGGGACACUGGGAGACAUGGGGACACUGAGAUACUUGAGGACACUGGGAGACACAGAGACACUGGGACACUGUGAGACAUGGGGAAACUAAGACACUAGGGACACAGUGUCCUCAAGUCUUCCAGUGUCCCCAUGUCUCCCAGCCAGUGUCCCUAGUGUCUGUGUCCCCAUGUUACCCAGUUUUUUGAUGAUUUUACAGAAUUUUCUCUUCUGUCACUCCUUGUAAUUUACAUCAUGUGAUGUCAUGCAUACAUAAUUCAUUAUGCAAAUUAGUAAAACCAGUAUUUGUUUCCAAGAAAGGUGGCAAACCUAACUACUCUUCACAUACUCUUGCUUAAGUAUGAAAACUUAAGAGAGAUGUAUGGGAACAAAACUUGUGUGGACUGGCUGACAAUGAAAUGAGUUAAGGUAAUGCUGACUUUUUUGUCUCGAACACUGUGGCAUGUUCCCUUUCUUCUACACUCACUACAUAUACCUGUUCUCUGUCCCAGACUAUAUUCCAGUAGCUUCAGCCUGCUUGUAAGAUAAGAAAAAAAGUGGACAUGUGAGUUCUAGUGGACAGUCCUUAGAAAGCGUGGAGGGAGCGCAUCAUCAGAUACAUUUAUGCCAAGCUCAAGGUGCUGUCUGCAUAGUAUGCCCUUCAAAUUCUUUGGGCAGACAUUCCCCCUUUUUGGGCAUGUUCGCCCCUUUCAGCAGUUCUGGUUAUGGGAUUUGAAUCAGUAGCACACUCUUUUACCCCACCCAUUGACUUCAUGCUUCACUGGCCACUGCUGUUAGGAGGUAUGGAUUUACUUGAAAGAUUAAAGCAUAAAUUAGAGAUAAAUUAGCAUAGGGUAUGCGUUUUUCUUAUAGCUGCAUCAUAUGAGUUUCCCUUCAGCACCAUCUCCAUCAGAUACAUGACGCUUGGGAACUGUCACGGCAUUCAUUGUUGCACUAUAGAAUAUUGCUACUUAAUGUAACUUGCGUAGUGCAUACAUGAAUUGGCCACUUGGUAGAGGACAGAUGUCAGAAAGGGCAAAUUACAUUGGAAUGCGAUAGAGGUCAGAUGGUUUACAACAUGAAGUUCUCUUUUGAUUAAUCAAAGGCUCUGCAACGUGUGAAAUGUUACACUUGAGAAGCCUGUAUGUCUAGUUUCAAUGUAAAGUAACUGACUUUGACCAUAUGGCCUGUAACUCUUAAUUGAUUUCCUUGAUAUGUUAAUUAGCAUAUCAAAGGACCCUUGGUUCUGUGUCAUACCCAAAAGAAACAUGAAAAAUAACUCUCAGAUUAAUAAUCGUGCCUCAUUUUUUUGCAUAUUCAGAACAAGGAAAACAAGUCCUUCGCUCAGAAUGUAAAUAUGGGAGUUGCCAGAUAAGUUAUUUUGAAGGAAUUACAAAGUCCGACAUAUUAAGUCACAAGUAAGAAGUGUGACAUAUAUCUGGAAUUGAAAAAUGGUAACAAAUUCAUAGAUGCAAUUAAUGUUUCUGUGGCAAGCACAGAAGAGGAGAUAAAACCAAAUGUUUAUUUGAGGAUUGAUGUUGGUCUAGAAUGCCUGGGGGUGGUCACUUAUUGUUUCUAUAGGUACGCCUUAUCUCCACCUCUGAGAGAGGCUUGAAAACAUAAUAUGAAUCCAGAGAGUAUAUAUCCAAUGACGUGUAAAUGUCUAUUGUACUUGCUGGGGGCCAAAAUCUCAUUUUGAGUGAGCCACCACCUUUCCUUGAUAAAAAGAGAAGUAAGGGCUACGAAAGAGGCCUUAUAACAUUGGAUAAUCAGGAUUAUUAUUAUUAUUUUAUUAUUUAUAUAGCGCCAUCAGAUUCCGUAGCACUGUUCAAUGGGUGGACUAACAGACAUGUAAUUGUAACCAGACAACUGGACGUACAGGAACAGAGCGGUGGAGGGUCCUGCUCCAUGCGCUUACAUUCUAGAGGGUAUAGUGACACAAAGGUUAAAAGUAGGGGUACAAAGUAGGUUGUUAGAAAAGUAUUAAUUGAGGGCUUAGUAGGUAAUUUUCUGAAAGUUGCAGGAGAGGAGUCAUGGAGGGUGGGGGAUAAAAACCUGCUAUUAGUUUAAUUCAUAUUCUUUCUUGAAGAAGUGCAUUUUCAAAGAUCUUUUGAAUGAGUGGAGACUGGGUGAAAUUCUUACGGAGAAGGGGGUUCCAUAGAGGAGAUGCAGUCUUGGAGGUGAGCGUUAGAGGUGGGAGUAUGGACAGAGGAUAUACGUAGGUUUUUGGCAGAGCGUACGGGCCUCAACAGGACAUACUUGUGUAUUAGGGAGGAUAGAUAGGUUGGAGCAGCAUUAUGUAAGGACUUGUAAGCAAGCACCAGAAUUUAAAUUGAGCCCUAUAUCUAACUGGAAGCCAAUGCAGGGACUGACAGAGCCGGGAAGCGUGAGAGGUGCGGGCGGACAGGAAAAUGAGCCUGAGAAGAGUAUUGCAGUAGUACAGGCGAUAGAGAAAACAAGAGCAUGGACCAGCACCUUAGCCGCAUCCGGGGUUAAAUAGGGGCGGAUGCACGCUAUGUUUUUGAGAUGGAAGUGACAGGAUUUGACGAUUGAUUGGACAUGAGGGGUAAUGGAGAGGUUGGAGUCAAAAAGAACACCCAGGCAGCGAGCCUGCGAGUGAUGGUAGCUCUGUUGACUUGACGGGAGACCGACACGGGAGUAGUAACGCUUGAGGGAGGAAAGACCAGAAGUUCUGUUUUGGACAGGUUGAGUUUAAGGAAGUGAGCAGCCAUCCAUGUGGAAUUCGAAGAGAGGCAGUCAGAGACACGAGUCAAGAUGGGUGGAGAGAGAUCAGGAGAGGACAGGUAGAUUUGCGUGUUAUCCACAUAGAAAUGAUAACGGAAGCCAAAGGAGCUGAGUUUACCAAGGGAGGCAGUGUAGAUAGAGAACAGUAGGAGACCAAGGACAGAACCUUUGUGGACGCCGACAGAGAGUGGUUGGGGGGAAGAGGCAGAGUCAGAGAAAGAAAUACUGAAAGAGCGCUGGGAGAGGUAGGAGGAGCACCAGGAGAGAGCAGUAUCCCGUAGACCAAAAUUACGGAGAAUGUGAAGAUGUUGAUAAUCAACGGUGUCAAAGGCAGCAGUAAGAUCAAGGAGAAUCAGGAUAGAGUAAUGGCCGUGAGAUUUAGUAGCAAUUAAAUCGUUGGAUACUUUGGUCACAGCUGUUUUGACAGAAUGACCAGCAUGGAAUCCAGACUGAAGGGGGUCAAGCAGAGAGUUGGUUUCGAGAAAGUCAGUCAGUCUGGUGUACACAACUCUCGAGGAUCUUGGAGACAAAUGGCAGUAGCAAAAUAGGGCGGUAGUUGGAUGGGGAGUUGGGGUCAAGGAAUAGGAUCGAGGAUACAGGUGUUGGGGCGGGAGGACCAGAGCUGAGCAGAAACCUCUUCUGCUAUAGCAGGUGUGAAUGUGUGUAGUGUGGUGGAGAGAGUGGGGUUGGGUGAUGUAAUGGUAGGGGAAGGAGAUAAAUUAGCCAUCUCUUCUCUGAUUGUAGAGAUCUUCUCAGUGAAGUGAGAUGCAAAGUUUGUGGCGGACAAGGUGGUAGAAGGAGGGGGAUUAAAAGGGCGAAGAAGAGCAUCAAAAGUGUGAAAUAGGUGUUUGGGUUGAUGGGACAGUGUACUUAUGAGGGUAUUAAAGUAAUUUAAUUUUGCAGCGGAGAGAGCCAGGCUGUAGGAGUACAGCAUAAAUUUAUAGUGGAGUCAGAUGCAAAGUGAGACUUUCUCCAGCAGCGUUCAGCAGUUCUAGAACAGGAUGAGAAAAUAGUCCAAAUAAACGAGUCUUAACUGGAAUGAUCUUACCUCAGAUGAGAUAAUGUAUAAAAAGUCCUUACUGUCCUUGUCCAGUCAAAUGCACUCAUAUGAAAAGACAAAGCAUAUAGAGAACCAAAUAGUGUAAUAUGUACAGUCUAAUAUAUAAAAGAUGUUGAAAAGAAGGUAAUAAACGCACAUAUAUCAGAGCUAUAGCUAGCUCUAGUGUGAAGGGCAUACAGCAGUACAAUCCCCGCUUAUGAGAUAUGUAGUGAGCUUCUUCCGUCAGGGGUAUGUUCAACACUCAAGAGAAGGGUAAAAGGAGACACUGAUAGUGCUCACUGGAUAAAACAAUAGUAUUAAAAUAUAUAAAAUGGUUCUCACAAGAGAGGAACAGGGUAACUGCUCCUUGAUGAUAGCGUUGGUGGUCCCCGCCUAGGAUUUCUUGAAGUCCAGGAGGUUACAAAUGCCAGGUAAAAAUGAAAUCAAUAUAAGGUAUAUAAAAAGAUGAUUGGCACAGUCAGAGUGACCAAAAAAUAUUUAAUAGGCUAAAAUACACAAUAUAAAAUAUCCACAAAUGCAUUUUGCUUUUCUGGGCUUCUUCAAAUGUCACGCACAUUUAUGGAGUAGGGUUUGUUUCUGACAGGAGGUAUGACCGUUUUAGUGUUUUUGGUUUAUAAGAUUCUAUAAGAUUGUCAGCACCAGGCCCAAUGGGCUCUUAAUCUGGCCCUAUAUAAAAUGAAAAUAAAAACAAAAGAUAGUGCUCUCUGUAUAGUUAAAACGAUAAUAAAAUAAUAAAAGGAGUUAUACUCUCCUCCAAACAGAGAAUACAGUAAAGUUAUGCUCAAUCCUAUAUAGUUUAGGCUAGUGUGCAUGCAUGACAAUUGCCGUACCGCACCAUUAAGCAUCUCAACAUAUAGAUACAUUGACUCAAUGCAUGUCUAAGGGGAAUGUGUGAUUGCAUGAAUGCAUCAUAAAGUCCAUUUAGUAGCUGUCUGAAUGACAGCUGUUAGUGGUGGCUUUGGGGACAAAUGGGAAUACUGUCCUUUCUCAGAAAAGACAGUGUUUAUAAUUGUCAACCUGCAGGGACAGGCUAUUUGUACCACAACCACUACAAUAAGCUGUAGUGGUUCUGGUGCUUGGAGUAUCCCUUUUAUCAAUAUGUUUGUGAAGACUUCUUUAGCAUGGUCAUAAAUAAUCCUUCAAUUUAACAAGAGUGCUGAUAUUGGGAGGAAGAUUGGAGGAGCCAAGCAAAUUCAUUAAGUAAACCUGUACGAUACGUUCUUUUAAAAAAAGCAUUUAUCUUGGUUUGAGUAUGGUUUAAUUGGUGUGUCUGGUUAAUCGCUGCAGUGGAUGUGGUAAGUUAGUUCCUGUGAUUUGAAUAAUAAUAUUUAUGGUUAAAAGUAGUUAAUGCCCAACUUAAAAUUAAAAGUGGCUUUAGUCCACUUGAAUAUAGUAUGUUGUGUUUUUAUCGAAUAAAACAUACAGUAUACAAAGAUAUGAAUCUACAUUUAUUAUUCCAGUAAUAAUUUUGUGUGUCCUUAAAAUACAAGAUACAGCAGUGUACCUUUCUUUGUUACUCUGUGCACUUGGACUUCUGUAGCAUACAGAGCUCCACCGCCUAACACUCAUGGAUACGAGAUGUACAUAUCAGCCAGACUGUAUGUCUGAGGAUAGUGAAAGUUAUAGUCCACAGAGUCAUGAGUGCAGGUAUGCUAAACCCUAUGCAAGUACAAUAGGAAUGGAUGAAUGGUUCCCUCCAACCUUAAAGGAAAACUAUAGUGUUAGGAAUACAAAGCUGUAUUCCUUACACUUCAGGAACACUCUGCCUGCCCCUCUCUCAUCCUUUUUUCACUUAAAUAAUUCCAGUGCUGAUGUCCCUCAGUGCUGACUCGGGCUGCUCCUCCUCCAUCAGACGAUGGAGGGGACCUAAUGAGCGGCAAGUGCUGCAAGCAUAAAUAGACACAUUGAUACACCCACAGACACACCGAUACACACAAAUAUACACACAGAUGCACACAGUCACAAUGAUGCACACAGACACAAUGGUACACACAGAAACACUGAUAUACCCAAAGACACACUGAUACACACAAAAAGACAUACUGAUAGACACAAGUAGACAUACUGAUACAUACAAAGAGACACACAGAUGCACACAGACAUAAUGAUAUACACAAAUAAGCACACAGAUGUACACAGACACGAUGACAUACACAAAUAGACACACAUAUGCACACAGACACAAUGAUACACACAGACACAAUGAUAGAGAAACACUAAUACACCCACAGACACGCUGAUACACCCACAGACAGGCUGAUAUACCCACAAACACACUAAUACACCCACAGACAAACCGAUACACAAAAAUGGAUACACUGAUACACACAGGUGCACACAGACACAAUGUUAUACACAAAUAGACUUACAUAUGCACACAGACACAAUGGUACACACAGACACAAUGAUACAGAUGCACUGAUACACCCACAGACACCCUGAAACACCCACAGACACAAAUAUAUGGGUUCAGACACAGAUACGCACAAAUAGUCACAAAGAAGCACACAGACACAGAUACACACAAACAGACACACAGAUGCACACAGACACAAUAAUAUACACAAAUAGACACACAGAUGCACACAGACAUAAUGAUAUACACAAAUAUACACACAGAUACACACAGACACAAUGAUAUGCACAAAUAGAAACACAGAUGCACACAGCCACAAUGAUAUACACAAACAGAUGCACAGACACAAUGAUAUACACAAAUAGAAACACAGAUGCACACAGUCACAAUUAUACACACAGGCACAAUGGUACACACAUACACAAUGAUAUACACUUAUAGACACACAGAUGCACACAGACACACUGAUACACCCACAGACAGAUUGAUACACACACAUAUACACACAGAUGCACACAGACACAAUGGUACACAGGGCUGACAUCAUCAAAGGGGGCCCAGUCACGCUAUUAAAGUGCGUGGGCCACCCAAUGGCCUGCCUCAGCAUGCCCCCAAAAAGUACCACCCAGGGUCGACCGCCCUCCCCACCCCCAGCUAUGCCACUGUGUGGGAGGCAUAAUGUAGAUAGUAAUGAUGAAUUGGCAGAGAAUGAUGGCAGUUGCAGUCCACAGUAACUUGAGUGCUAAUAAUCUGUAAUCUUAUUUACAAAAUAUAAAAUGGCACAGAUUACAAAGGUGAUGCACUCUUAUGAAUAGGUCAGAAUUACAGUGUCACUCUUUUUCAAUAGCUCCCAUGAACACAACUCACAAUAUGUGAUUAAGAUGUUUUAAUUCAUUCAAAUUGCCCCAACAUAAAUGCAACACUCUUAACUGUAUUUUCUUUGUUAUGCUUUUCAGAACAUGUCUGUAGUGGUUGUGGGCAUUUUUCUAUCCAAAAUGUGAACUUCAUUGCCAAAAACUUUGUGUAUAUUCUCCAAUGGGAGAACAAAGGACUGGAACCAAAUGUGACUUUCAGCAUUGAAUAUAAAAGGUAUGUUUGGUAAAUUAAACUGUAUAUGAAAAUGAAACAAAGUCUAAAGAUCUCCGUUGCUGAUCAGCAUAACUAGAUCUGGAUCAUUCAGACUGCAAAAUAUGGACAUUGUGCACAUGAUUUAUGUCCAGCCUCUCAAUUCCAGGGAAUCUAGACCAGAUUUCUGCCUGUACGAUGCAAUCGAACGGCUGAAAUCCAGAACCCAAUUAUGGUUGUACAAAACUUAAAGAACUAACGUAGUGCCCUGAAAACAAACUUGUUUUCUUGGGACUAUGUAGUCCUUAGGUCCCCCACACCCUCAUGGCCCCCUUCCCGCUGGGCUGAAGGGGUUAAAACGCGCAUUAAAAACUCCCCCCCUUAGGAAAGCCCCCUUAAGUAGCCCACUUAUUAUUAUUAGCCAACAACAAUUUUCUCCUUCCUCUAUUUUUUAUUUUUCUUAUUUCUCCUAUUUUACAAGUACCCUGCUCCUUCUUUCUCCUAUUCUAUGGACGUCAGCAUCUUCUCACUGUGAUUUUCACAGUGAGAAUCGUGGAAGCGGCCACUAGAGGCUGGAUUAACCCUCCAGUGUAAACACUGAAGGUUAAUCCAGCCUCUAGUGGCUGUCUCACUGACAGCCGCUAGAGGCGCUUCCAUGAUUCUCACUGUGAAAAUCACACUGAGAAGACACUGGACGUACAUAGGAAAGCAUUAAGUAAUGCUUUCCUAUGGGCGGUUUGAAUGCUGCGCGCGGGGGUAGGAGAGGUCACCAGUGCCAAGGGAGCCCGACGCUGGAAAAAGGUAAGUGGCUGAAGGGGUUUUAACCCCUUCAGCCCAGCGGAAGGGGGGCCCUGAGAGUGGGGGGAACCUAAUUACCCUAUAGUGUCAGGAAAAUGAGUUUGUUUUCCCUGCACUAUAGUGGUCCUUUAAGCUGUUAACAUGUAUAUUAUAUCAUAGAAAUAACCACAUUUCAACUACAUUUUCUGUUCGUACUCCUGAAAAUCACAAAUUGAAAAUCAGUUAUUUAAACAGUUUGUUUAUCUUUAGCAAAUUCAGACUCGAAUAAUCAUGAUAGUGUAAAUACUGUCUAUAACCUGGGUAGUCAACCUCUUUUUACCUACCGCCUACUAAUGCAUCUUUCUUGAUGGAAAAAGUUCCUUACCAACAACCAGUUUUCUAUAUAUUUUUUUUACUUCUUUUCCUUCUUUAUUUUAUAUUAUAAGUAAACAAAACUUAGCUUGCCAAAACAUGAGCCAAUCUACACACUAUGCUUCUGCCUUCCCUACUUUCUCACCUGUGCAUCAGCUCCCCUCCUCAAUUUUCCCCCCCUUUUUUCUAUUUUUUCUUCCUUUUUUCUCCUUUUCCUUUAUUCUUUUCUUUUGCCUUCCUUAUAGCAAUGCCCAGCAGAAAGGCUGAGCUAGGUAGCCCAUUUAUUAUUAUUAGCCAACAACAAUUUUCUCCUUCCUCUAUUUUUAUUUUUCUUAUUUCUCCUAUUUUACAAGUACCCUGCUCCUUCUUUCUCCUAUUCUACAAGUGCUCUGCUACUUCUUUCUCUUUUUUUACAAGUACUCUGCUCCUUCUUUCUCCUAUUCAACAAGUACUCUGCUCCUUAUUUCUCCUUUUAUACAAGUACUCUGCUCCUUCUUUCUCCUUUUCUAAAAGGACUCAGCUCCUUCUUUCUCCUUUUUUUACAUGUACUCCGUUCCCUGCUAUAGUGUAUCCCCCUUCUUCCAACUCCUCCCCUUCCUCUACACGCGUGUUACACUCGUUCGUGCACACGCGCGUUCGUAUAUGUGCACACGCUCAUACAUGCGCACACUCUCGUACAUGCGCACACGCGUUUGUGCGCUUGCAUGUGCACACCCGCACUUUCUGCUAACCACUGAGUGCGCAAGAGAUGGAUAGAGCAUUCAUCUCUCUGGAUGGGAGGGGGGAUUCUGCUUGUGCCGUAGAACCCACUACUGCCCACCUGGAAUCCUGAAACACGCGAUUGUACAGAAUAAACUGACUAGUGCACAUAAAUAAAUAUGUUUACCUUAAAAGAUAUAUAAUACAGGUUCUUUCUUAAAAGAGUCUUUUUGCCUAUAUUAAAUAAAACAAAUACACAUAGUGUGACCUGUAUUUAAACAAAUAUUAUGAAUAGGAGGCAACAGAGGGUUGUAUUAAAGGAAUAUAUUCGAAGCUUGGACUUGUCAUCAGUGGGGUACCUCAGGGAUCUGUACUUCGACCCAUUCUCUUUAAUAUUUUUAUUAGUGAUAUUGCAGAAGGUCUUGAUGGUAAGUUAUGUCUUUUUGCUGAUGAUACUAAGAUAUGUAACAGGGUUGAUGUUCCAGGAGGGAUAAGUCAAAUGGCAAAUGGUUUAGGUAAACUAGAAAAAUGGUCAGAAUUGUGGCAACUGACAUUUAAUGUGGAUAAGUGCAAGAUAAUGCAUCUUGGACGUAAAAACCCAAGGGCAGAGUACAGAAUAUUUGAUAGAGUCCUAACCUCAACAUAUGAGGAAAGGGAUUUAGGGGUGAUUAUUUCUGAUGACUUAAAGGUAGGCAGACAAUGUAAUAGAGCAGCAGGAAAUGCUAGCAGAAUGCUUGGUUGUAUAGGGAGAGGUAUUAGCAGUAGAAAGAGGGAAGUGCUCAUGCCAUUGUACAGAACACUGGUGAGACCUCACUUGGAGUAUUGUACACAGUACUGGAGACCGUAUCUUCAGAAGGAUAUUGAUACCUUAGAGGGUUCAGAGAAGGGCUACUAAACUGGUUCAUGGAUUGCGGGAUAAAACUUACCAGGAAAGGUUAAAGGAUCUUAACAUGUAUAGCUUGGAGGAAAGACGAGACAGGGGGGAUAUGAUAGAAACAUUUAAAUAUAUAAAGGGAAUCAACACAGUAAAGGAGGAGACUAUAUUUAAAAGAAGAAAAACUACCACAACAAGAGGACAUAGUCUUAAAUUAGAGGGACAAAGGUUUAAAAAUAAUAUCAGGAAGUAUUACUUUACUGAGAGGGUAGUGGAUGCAUGGAAUAGCCUUCCAGCUGAAGUGGUAGAGGUGAACACAGUGAAGGAGUUUAAGCAUGCGUGGGAUAGGCAUAAGGCUAUCCUAACAAUAAGAUAAGACUAGGGACUAAUGAAAGUAUUUAGAAAAUUGGGCAGACUAGAUGGGCCGAAUGGUUCUUAUCUGCCGUCACAUUCUAUGUUUCUAUGUUAAGAGUAGUCGGCAAAUUCACAAUUUUUAGAGCCUAUUAUAAGUUGGCUCUGGACUUAUGGUGCAUUUCAUCUCACUUCAGGAGAUUUGUAGGUAGUAAUUCAGCAGGCACACUCACAGGAACUCAGCAACUCGAUGGUUUAAUGUAACAAAGAUUCCAGGGUCCAAGGUGAAAAUUAAAAGUAAAUAUUUAUUUGACUUUAGUAAAAGUAUAAAGAAUAAUAAAAGCACAAUGAGUUUCAACCUAUAUAAGGUCUUCCUCAGGUGCAGGUAUCUCAUUCACUGAAUAUCCAUCAUUUAUAUAUGUAACAUACUUAAUUACAAAAUAAUAUCACUUGUGUUAAUUGAAAAAACAAAUUCCCUCCCAUUUCCAAAUAUGGUCUGGACAGGAUGUGGUUUGCCACCCCUAAUAUGGGCCCAAUCCUGUUCCAGACAUAGCCCAGUGCCCUCCCAAACAUGUCCAAUCAAAAAAAAAAAAUGUAAAAAAUGGUCUGGACAGGAUGUGGAUAUGGUCUAGACAGGAUGUGGUUUGCCAUCCCCAAAAAGGCGCCACAUUCUGUUUCAGACAUAGCCCAGUGCCCUCCCAAACAUUUCCUCUUCCAUUUUUUCAUUUUCUUCUUCUCCUUCUUUCCCUUUUCUUUGGCCGUCCUCGCGUCGCGUCACUUCCGGUGAUGUACUUCCAGUUUUUGGCAUUCAGCGUCACUUCCGGUUGCGCGCACAUCACCGAGUUCAAUAUCCCUUUGAAGUCCUAGGGCAGUGGCAUUGAACCUCCGUAGUCCAUUAUGGUGAUAGGCAUUCAUGUCCAUAGUGUCCAUAAAAUACAUAUGUGGGGGGAUGUGAAUAACAUAAAAACAUAGGUAAAUAUAUAUACUAUAUAAGGCAUUUAAAAUACGUCUAAGUAUAUCAUCAGCAUUAUAAAACUCUUAUUUCCAGUGAUAAAUUAAUAAAUAAAAAAGGUGAUAAAAGAAUCGUGGAAAAAAUCCAUAAAAGCAUACAGACAUAGACAGAGAGGGAGAUAUGGUUCAAUAUUGGAGAACUAUAGGAUACAACUGAUCUCAAAAUCUAUAUUUAACCCUAACGGAGUUAGUGUUCUCAUUUCAAAAAUCCAGUUUGACUCUUGUAAACUCAGUUUUUUCCCCAAAUCUCCUCCUCUCCAAUGUUUGUUUACUUUCUUCUUAUUUCAGCGCUGCUUUAUUUAUUCUACUUUUCUGGAAUCCUGAAAUGCCCACUAGCAGACAGUAGGGACCAGGUUGACGACCCCUUGUCUAUAAUAAACUGAUUGUAUAAUGAACCAAUAAAUAAGAGGGGGAGGGAGGGUUCUAUGUAUAUUUAAAUUAACAAAUUUGAAAAUGUGCAAAAAUCUUAGCAUACAAACAUCCAGAAAGCAACAUGCCAUUAAAGGCAGGGGAUCUAUAUCUGUAUAUCAUCAUCAGACAUUCCUUGGAUUAUUUUUUAGGAAAUAUAAAAGUAUUAUUCUGCAUGUCAAAUGUGAAACCCUGUCAGAUUAAUCACAAAAACAUUUAUUUUAAAAAUAUCAGAAUAAUGCACCAGCAGGGUUAUUCACUAUAGUGGUCCUUUUUUGAAUUUCAAAUUUAAGGCCAAGGUAGCUGGACUGGAACGUAUACCUGACUUGUUGGAACGUAUACCUGAAAUGUUCCAGUUUGGCAAUUUUAAUCUAUAAUUUUAAAUUUAAUUUGAAUUUCCUGUACAUUCCUGGCAAUUUUCACUUUAGUGAAUAACUCAGAGGUCAUGUAUACAUGUUCGUGUUACCCAACACAAUUUAAAAAAUUAAAAUAAAAAACAGCCAGCAAACCUGAUGUUGAACAUAAAAACAACUAUAAUUGAGUUUUCUCACCUAUCUCUUCCCAAGAUGAGAUCUUCACAAAAUAAAGUCUUAUAUGUUUCUUUGAUGGCAAGAAAUUGCAUUCUAUCCAAGUUUGACAUAGUAGACUCUCCAAUCCUGUCCAAACCAUGAAUUUACCAGCAUGCCCAGCUUCUACUUGAGGGCCGCACAGUAGACUCUUAAUUUCGCUUUGAAGCACCCAAUUCCAUAAACAUUAUUGGCACAUGCAAGUAGAUAGCUUUAGCAUGUUAAUCCAUAGAAGGGGCUACUGAAUUCACUGGACAGUUUUAUAUUUCUGUUUCUAAACAUUUUAAUAAACUUUAAUGCUUUAUAAACUCUUUGGUGGAUUGUCACUAUUGCACAUAAUACAGACUUUCUCUUCACCAAGGUGCUCUGUUUUGUACUUUUUUUUUUAUUUUUAAUUUUUUACUUUUGCUGUGCAUAUGAAAAUACAACAUGCAUGGGGUACCCCAAAGGCAAUCCUCAUGCGUUAGUUUUAAAACACUUAUAACAGUGGGGGGUGUGAUGAUACAUGCACAUUUUUAUGGUGAGUAUAUAAGAUUAUUCAUGUUGUAUGCAGCUUAGUGUUAUGUAGAGUAGAGUAGUGAUAAUCAGACGUUAAGCUCAAGUUGGUUGGGCAUCAGCAUAAACAAUAAUAUUACAUCUAAAGCCAAAGCUACAGUGAGAGGUUAUUCGCUCCAUCAAAAGUGUGGGUGAGCGUGUGUAUGCUAUACUUUAUUCAAGGUAACAGUGUCCAACCUAGAGUUGUCAGAGUCCAGGCCGUUGAUGGGCUUUAGGAGAUGGGCUGGUGAGUGUGUGCUUAGCCGUCCUCAGCCAAUGCCCCUUGCCUGUUGCCGUGAACAGUCUGGUUCCCGGUCAGCUUUAGCAGUUCUCCUCUCCGAUGUGAGGGAGCGUGGGUUUCCCUGCUCGUGGUGCAGGCGCUGUGUGUAGCGUGACAGGUCCCUGUCCCUUCGGUUCCGAGCUGUUAAGGGAGCUGGUUCCCUCUGUCCAUGGAUCCUCCUCCGUCGUGAGGCAGGAUCGUGGAUCCCCGGGGUUUCCGGCAUCCUGUCAUCCCUGCGGGUAGUUGGACUGCGGCCUGGAGAUUCCUCCAGUUGGGCUCCCGGCCCAGAAGAUGGACAGGUGUCCGCUGCUGGUUGGCAGGUAGGUCCCAUCUUGGGAGGGGUAGGCAGGGGUUCACGUUGGGCAAUGUGGUCCCAGAAGGCUUGACAGCGUCAAACCAGGCUUCGAAGACCUCCCUCCAGCUCUGGUCUGUCUGGCUUGUUGGGCUGCACUGCUAUUGCGAUGCGGCGGCCAUCUUGAGGUGUUGCGUGGCUCACCAAGUUUUCCCGCAACGGCCUCUUGGCUUUAGCUUUGUGUGUUUCAGGCGCCCUGUGUGGUCAGGAGCUUGGUUUCUGAACGUCUGCUCAGCCUGGAAGCUAGGCUCCGACCCCUGUUUUGUACUUUUAAAUAAGCCUGGAUAUACAUGAAAUAUAAAAUAAAAGCCUUUGAAUUUCUUUUGUACAUUAUCAUUAGGUUUACUUGAAGCCGUAUAUAUAAUGUCGACUUAUCCCAUAUUUACAGACAUAAACCUAGAACCCUUACCCUUUAAUAUAUAUACUUACAUGUGGGUGAGGCAAAGGUAUGCUAUGUAAACUUUUUGGAGAUUAUAUCAAUAUAAUUUAGUGAUACAAUAAAUUUGUUUUGAGACUAAACGAAUGCCACAAAUAAGCUGUUUGAUGUCUUUCUGUACUCUAGAUAUGGAACUAAACAAUGGAUUGUAAAACAAGAAUGUCAAAAUAUAACCAGACUUUACUGCAACCUCACAGAUGAGAUCAUGAGUGAUGAGGAUAUGUUCAAGGAACAAUAUCUGGGCCAAGUUAGAGCAUGGUCUACAAACUGCUCUUUGGACUGGGUAGUGUCAAAGAGGAUGAGCCCAAUAGAUGACAGUAAGUAAAAAGCACUAUCUAGUAUUCACAAAGAUAUAUUUUACCAUUCCUGCUUAAUUAAAAUGCCUUACCUUCACAUCAGCAAACAUUUUUAUUUUACGAGGGCUGUUGUGUUUAUGAUCUGUGGAAUGCUUCAUUAAGGCGUAAGUCAGACAUCCAUUCUUUCAUUUUCCUGUAGCAUACAUUGAUAAUAUAGAACUAAACAUCAUUGAAGGUGUCCGCUCGGUAAGAAUCUUCGUUCAAGUUCCUACCAUACCAAUGAAUACUGAAGUGAUGAUCACUGAACAACUCUAUAGCAAUGGCUUGUUUGCCUAUUACAUGAGCUUCAGCAGUAUGAAGGAACAAGUCAUAGUAAGUCAUAUUUUUCAUGAUUUUUAUCAAUAACUUCUAAACAUUACGUUUUCUCGAAAGCAACUACAUUAUUAAUACUACACUUAAUGUCAACUGUAUGAACAGUCUCAUACUCUAUAACCAGUGUUGUAGUAUUUGAACAAUUUCACAUUCUAUACCGCUGUUAUACUACACGAACGGUCUCAUAUACUAAAACAGGUUUCAUACAAUAUGAACAGUUUCAAAGUCUAUACCAGUAGCCUAUCUAUAAAGUUUUAAGGGUUGCAGAUGCUACCAGACCUCUAGUCUCCCAAGGUAGUGAAGUGAAUGGAGGGAUUUAAGUCACUGAUAUAAAUGCUGAAAUAAAUUGAAAUGCAAUAUCUCCUUCUAGUGGCAGAAAAUCCAGACAAACAAUACAUUUAACAUUACGGGCUUGAAUCCUGGUACUACGUAUAAUGGAAGUGUGUACAUUAUGAUCCACAAUGAAAGAAAAAGUGACAUUAAGCAAUUUUUUGUCAAAACACUUCCAGGUAAUGUAAACUAACUUUACUUUUAUUUAAUUUAAUUUCCAUGUAAAGCCUGACUAUGAUCUUUUUAAAUGCCCCCAGAAGAUAGUUGUGUAUGUUUUUUUUUUCCUGCUGUCAUACUGUCGUGUAUGUAUGCUUUUUUUCCUUCUUCUCCUUAAAGUAACUCUCAAAGCACCAUAACCACUACAGCUCACUGUAUUGAUUAUGGUGCCUAGAGUAUCCUGGUACAUCCUCCCCAUUGUAAUAAAUCAAACUGUUUUAAAAUGGUUUCACUUAUUACCAGGGGCCUGCCAGACACCAAUCCCCACCUACAUGACUUCUGUUAGCCUGUUCUAUGAGCUAUGCUGGCUUUGUGUGUCAUUGGCUGAGAGAGUAUGGCUUUCUAUUUUCAGCAGUGGAGGCAUAGACCAGCUUCUAGUGGGUCCCAGGUAUGAAGUAAAACUGUUUUAAAACAGAUGAUUCCUUACAUUGAAGGGCGGGUGACGGGGCACUUCAAGUAACAUAUCCACUACAGCUUGCUUGGUAAUUGGAAUGUUCCUUUAAUAUCACUACUUUAUAAUAGUUUUCUAGUAAAAGUCGGCCCAAAAUCAAUAUUGCUUAACUGUUACUGAAGAUACAGAUAUUAAUAAUUGUACCUAGAAAUGACUAAAAGAAAUGGCAAGAAAGUUAUUCCUUCCUUCUAGGAGUAGGAAAUGUGGAUCUUGGAAAAAAUGUAAGGUCCUCACCAUGGAAUAGGUGUAUUCAGCCAAAAACAGACUAGCGGAAAAGUAGAGAUUUCAUCGGAAAAAUGGGGAAACAUGUUUUCACUUUUGGGAAGUCAUGGAGUAGAUAUAACUAAAUAACCCACCACGAAGAAUAAAUCUAUGGCCCCAGAGACUCUGCAUUGAAUUAAAAAACAUGGAAUCUCUUUGUUAAACCUUAACAUAGUUAUUCACUAGUGUAAAUUGUCAGGAAAUUCAAAGUGAAUUUCACUUUUUUUUUUUUUAAAUAGCGAAAUUGGAGAAAAUGCUCAUAUUUUCAGUUUGAAUAUUUUUGGAUACAAUUUAGAGUUCCCUUUGAACUCACACUUUAUCAAAUAAUGCUGUCAGAGAUUGCAGAUUUUUUAAUACAACAUGCAUGCCGAGAUAAAAGGUAUCACUAUGUUCCAAGAUACUUGUGGCUCCACCUCCUGCUGGGUGCAAGACUUUGGUGAAUUGUAACUCCACAUUAACCAUACCUACUCAUACCAGCCACGGGGUGCAGUGUUAGGCUAAGAAAUGUAGUUUAAUCAUUUUGUUUUCUAUUUAUUGCUAUAGAUCCCUCAAUGGUUGGACUAGUUGUGAUCUUACUUGCAGUUUCUGCUGGUCUGUUCUUUGGAGUAUUACUAUGUCUAACUUAUAGAUAUGUGAAACAACAGGGUCCAACACCAAGUGCUUUGGUAAGUGUCAAUGACAUGAGAUACGGAAAAGGUUUGUGAGUAUCAAGGAAAUAUCUUGGUGUCUGCAACUGGUAAUGCCAUGGAGGCUAGUGAGGCUUGUACCAGAUGAAUAAUGAUUUAGCCCCUUCAAAGCACGGGCUCAGGGAAAUCCCAUGUUUUCAUGAUACAUGUUAGUAUGUGAUGAAGGUUCUUGGGGAAUUGUCAAGUAUCACGAGUGUAACCGUUGAUACUAAGUUACAGGUUUACAUGGGAGAGCAGAAAGCACUUCUGCCCAGGAGCAGACCAUCAGUGUGGCUCCUGUGAGCUUUGGCCGUUAAAAGCAUUGCCACUGCUUAUCAUAUCAACACUCUGAACACUGGGGCACACAAGAGAAACAUACACCGCCUGCACCUGGAAGAGGUACAGAACAAAUACACUGGAUCAUGUGUAAUUUGCACUGUUAUUGUUUCUUAAUUUCUCCAAAUCUAUUGCUAUAAUCAUGGUUAUCAAUACAAUCUCACAGAUCUGUCCCUGAUAAUGAUAUAUACAGAAAUUUUGAUUCUAGAUACAUUUCCUGGUUUGCAUUCCAUUGCAGGUCAGGUUUGAAUUACACAAUACAUCAAUACCACUACCAGACAUACUGGUUUAGUUGCAUUCCGAAUUAUUGUACUAAUACCGUCUCUAACGUGAAGCUGGAGUGUUACUUAAAAGAAACCUGACGUUGAUCAAACCUUUUACAGCUCUAAUCUCGACAGCCAUUCAAAAUGUUAACAUGGAAUGCUUCAUUCCAAAGAGUAGAAUACUUUGUCCUUGAAAUAAAUAUUAGAGAGAAAAAUGACGUAUGUUACUUGGUUUAUUAAACUAUACAAACUAGUAUGUCAUAAUUAUAACUAUUCAAAAUAACUUGAGUGUGCAUAUAUUCUCAUUUACUGCCAAUAGAAACACAAUUCUAUUAAAAAAAUAAAGAGACAAAACUAAAAAAAUGUAAUUAAAAGAAUAUUCAUUUACUCCAACUAUUUAUUUAUUCAAUACCACACUAUAAGUGGGUGUUGAAAUUACAGGGACUGGUUUACAGGGAGCUUAGAACCUUUAUCGCAUUUAACUAAAAUUUAAGAGAAAAGCAGGUGAUAAAUCAGACUCGUCCACUCACAUUAUUAAACCUUCAUCCUACUUCAAAUGGGACCAAGGUAGAGGGAUAUGUCCCAACAGCCUCACAGGUUAAAAAAGAGCCAGGGGGAAUUCACUCUGUUUUUAUUUACGCUAUGCCAGUUGUUGGCUGAUGGAACAUCAAAUAUAAUCAAUACGUCAAAUAUAAUCAAGAAUGAAAACACAUUUCUCAUAUAACAUGUUUUUGAUUAACUGAAAUUCAAAAGUGCUUUUAUUUCUGAAGAAUCUUUCAACUAAUCCAAAUUCCAGUGAUUUUUAUGUCAAAGAAUGUUUUUGACGCACCCAUAAAUUCAGAAUAAAAUUGAAAAAAUGCAUGUGCAUGUAAAAAAUGUUUAACUGUAAUUAUGAGAAGCUCACAUAAGUUAAAUCUAAGAAAAAUUGGAUGGUGUUUUUCUAGUGGCUUAAAUGCAAUUAUAAAAAAUAAACUAUCCUUUCUAGAAAACAAAUACAUGGUUGUACGAAAAUGCCAAAUUUGUAUAAACAUGUACAAACUGGUUUGCUCAACUUCAAAAGGUUACUCCAAGUGCCAUGACCACUUUGGUAUUUUGAAGUGGUCACAGUCCUUGAAGUCUGUAUGUGCAGAGUGUCAGUUUAUUUCCUAGCACAUUGCUACCAGAGGUGUAAUUCCAACUCAAGCAGUGUUAUUAGUUAAGCAUGUAUAGGUAAAGGUUUUUUGUUGUUUUUCCCCCCACUUUUUACAGGGAUCGGCAUAACUUGUCAGUAAGGGCUAAUCCAUCCACAAACAGUGUCAUUGUGAGAACACUGUUUGUGGUUGGAUGGGAUUAACCCUUUCAAGUUAAACUUUUACUACUUAACAUAAUCUCCACUCCCCCUUCGUGAUCACAUUAAAGAGGUAAGAGUUACACUAGCAACCAUAGUGCAUGUGCUGUGGUUGCUAUGGGUGGAGAGCAGAGGGACCUCAUAUGGAUGGUCCCUGUCUCUCAGUUCCUCGGCAUUGAGUGUCUGCUGAGGAAUUGAGAGACAAAUGGGAGAAAACCUUAUUUUUAAAUAGUUUUUUUCCCAAUCUAUACAUUUGCUAGCACAAUGUGUGGAUGAAAUUUCAAACUCUUUUAAAAGAGCAAUAGUAAAACUAUAGAAUAGUUUCACUUCAAAAUAAUUUAAUCAUAUUACUGUUCAGAAGUUUUUUGUGGUUCUAAUAAUUAAUUAUCAAGAAUCAAAUGUAAUAUAACCCCAAAAGUAAACAAUAAUUUGUAUUUCCCAGGACUUUGGAAAACCUUUGUUCUUUCAAGCAAUACAUUUAACAAAGGAGAAGGUGAAUAGUUUAUAUGCAAUUCCAGCAGCAUCUGUCCAAUUUAAGGAACAAUGGUUUGACAAACUUAAGGACAUGCCAACCAACACAGGGCCAGCUGUUUACAGUGCUCAGUUUGAAAACCCAUCCACAAGUGGACAAACAGAUGCCCUGCUUCAUAAACCAACCUCAUAUAUUUGUCAACAAGAACAGCCUGUAAAGAUAAAUGGCAAGACCAACUCAUCAGAUGAUUAUGGGAUUAUUGAGGACAGGACAGUUUAUACAAAACCUAUAUUAGUCGAAAGCACAGUUUUUGGGAAGCAGGCCUACGUCCAUCAAAUGGACAGGCACUCAAACUUUGACCACCUAGAAGAAACUCUUCUGAAUAAUGAUGAUGAGACCAAGGAACAUAUUUGUCCACUCAUAUCGGAGUUGGAGGGUAGUGUGUUCCACCUAUUAUCAAAGAACAUGGACACAUGCGGACCUCAAGCAUUGUUAUCGUCUGUUAAAGUCUAUGGCACGGUGGAACAAAAAGAGGAACAGAAAGUAGACUUUCUUUCAGAAAUUAGAAAAUUUGAUGAACGGUUUUAUAUUAAAACAGAAGAACAAGUAUUUGAAGAUUAUACGUUGGAAUAUGUAGGAAAACUCAACAACACUUUUCAAACUCCUCUUAAUUACACAAGAAAAAAUGGGAUGGAAAGUACAUGUGAAUGCCAUCAACCUUACAAAUUACAGCACUGAUAUAAAUCUGGUUAUGAUGUUGUUUCAUAAAUAACUACUAUUAUAAAUAAAUACUAUACAUAAUAUAACAUACAAAAUGUUAUGUAAUUGUGUAUUUCAAUAUGUGAUCUGUAGUGUCUUAAACAUUUUGAUUUGACCUCCAGCAUUUUUUUUGAAAACCCAAGCUAUAUAACAUGACUGGUUUGAUAUCCCCAAACAUUGUACAGUGAUAUUAUUAUUAUUUUGUUAUGAAGCAAUGAAGCGUAUUAUGCGUUUUCCAUGAAGGCUUAUCAGUGGACAUUUUCUGUAUAUUUAAAGUAAAACAAAGUAAGAUAAAAUUUGUUUCAAGAAUGUUUCAAUUUCCACACAACCCUAAGAGCAAGUUCUGCUCUAUUCAUAAACAAUUUACUGAAUCUCU